AAAAAAGCGCUCUUUAUCUUUUUAUUCUUUUUUAAACAUUAGAACAGAGAAGUUAGCAUGGCUCAGCACAAGAAUGACACUCUCGACUCUGUUCGUCUUCCGUUAAAUCUAUCCACUUCAUUACAGAUCGGGCAGUGUUCCAAAGGCCGUAGUAAUCCCUAAAAAGAUUACAUUGAGGAGUCUGCUGGUUGUCAAAGUCGCUAGGCAAUGGCCUUGGUCGUUGUCUGUAUCGCUUCAUUCGGAUUUCAGUACAACAAUCUGACUGGGGCUUGUCGCCUUUUGUUCCAGGAACUUCUUACUAAAACUAGUGUCACACCCGUUGCUUGGUGGAGGGUGAAUAUAGAGCGUGUUACUAGACGGUGGGAUGGUCGUGGCCGUUUGAAGCCAGUCGAUACGUUCUUGGUCAUUGGAAUUGGUGUGGGUUGUUAUUUUUGGUCGGGAUCUGAUGACAGUAGGAAGUUUAGUACCCGAAUGCAUCUUGCAGCCAUGGAUUGGCAUCCUGUUGGACAGCUACCUCAUCUACACGGAAUGUUAACCUUAAAGCCAAUACUCGUCCAGGUGCGGUUGCUACGAUUCUACUGCCAGGGUAAAAAGCACCACCCCAACAUGGACAGCCUAAAUUAUGUCUUUCAGGCCUAUAAAGUAACUGCUGACAUCCUAAUCAUGUCGUUGAUGACUACUAGUAGAUUAUCUGUCCUGCUUACUGGUGGGGGAUACUUACGUCAAAGAAAGAUAGUUAUGUCCUUUCAACUCUGGGCCAACCGUUUGACAAUUCACAAUGUCUUGUCUCUGAGUGUGGUAGCUCUUGGCGUAUUGGGUUAUCGGGGUAACAGCCCUGACCAAAGAUACGCAUGUGGAUCAACCAUGCUUCCAAAGAUGAAUUUUUAA